UAUUGGAGCGAAGCGCGUGUCGCGUGUAGAAAAAAAAAACACGAUCGAAUAAAGUUUUGGCUGUAUGUUUAAAUAUCUUGUAAUUUAAAAAGUUAGAACGUUUUUCUGUGAAAAUACAAUGACAGAUUAAAGAACUGGCAGUUGUAAAGUUUUUAAAAGGUUCUAAAUUCAAAUUGUAAGAAGUGAACUUUUCCUAAUGUUUUUUUUUUGUGGCCUGUGUUAGUGAAAUUAGUAAAUAGGUGACAGUGCAUAGUGAGAAAAAAACAUUCGCUACUUUUUGGAGCCCAGGGACCGGACCGCUAUCCCUUUCACGGGUUUUGAAGGGGUUUUUGGAAUGGGUUUGCUUUCGAAAGCCGUUCGGUGCUGUAACCCGUUCAAUUUGCUUUGAUCAAUUCGAGAGUUCAGAUCUAGAGCCUGGUCCAUACACCACUGGACAUUGACAGGGGCAGAGGCAGUCGGAACCAUGCGUGUGACGUAACCUCCAGCAGGCAAUGCGGCGCGCAUCGCUCCGCGCGCUGCGGCCGGCGACGCGCGUAAUAUGCGCUCGCUGAACGUGACAGCGUGCGCGGCUCUGUUGGAGGACGUGCGAUGGGAAGAGCCCGUCAGCUUGGUCAGCCUAGCCGUGCUUGCCCUGAUUGACGUCCUAGUUAUAGCCGGGAACUGUCUGGUGAUAGCUGCAGUGCUCUGCUCCUCCAAGUUGAGGAGUGUGACGAAUCUAUUCAUAGUCUCCCUGGCGGUGGCUGACCUGCUGGUGGGAGUAGCUGUACUCCCAUUCUCAGCUACCAGAGAAGUGUUUGAGGUAUGGAUCUUCGGCGACGUAUGGUGCUCCGUAUGGCUUGCCGUCGACGUCUGGAUGUGUACUGCUUCAAUCCUGAACCUCUGCGCCAUCUCGCUCGACCGCUACGUGGCGGUGACGCGCCCCGUCAGCUAUCCUAGCAUCAUGAGCAGGAAGAGAGCCAAGGCGCUGAUAGCUGGGCUCUGGGUGCUGUCGUUCGUCAUCUGUUUCCCUCCGCUGGUCGGUUGGAAGGAUAAAAAGCCCGAAGAAUCAGAGAAGGACGGCUGGACGCCCAACCCCCCCUGUCCCUGGACAUGUGAGCUGACCAACGACGCUGGUUACGUGGUCUAUUCUGCUCUGGGUUCCUUCUACAUCCCCAUGUUCGUCAUGCUGUUCUUCUAUUGGAGGAUAUACAAAGCUGCCGUCAGAACUACAAAGGCUAUCAACCAGGGAUUCCGGACUACUAAAGGAACAGGCAUGGGCAACCGUUUUGACGACAACCGCUUGACUCUAAGGAUACACAGAGGUCGAGGGUCAGCACGACCUCACGGGUCACCUCUGUCGACGGCCUCCAAUCAUUCUACCAGCACUUCUCUAAGCGCUUCUCCUGAAAGAUUACGAAGACAUUCAAGCGCCAGACGAGCUCACGAGAAAGUCAAAAUCUCCGUGUCUUACCCAUCGUCAGAGCAAAUUUGUCCAGCUUUAGAAAACUCCCGGUCACCAAGUAGAUCGCCCAGUCCCUCACUCUACGCAGUACAUUACGAGAGAGACGGGAGGGAAUUGACUGAGAGUAGGCUAAGGGUGAGGCCUCAUCAUUUGACGCCUGGUCUGUCAUAUGAGGAGUAUGACGAUAAGCCGAGGACGACUAGGCGAAUGGGGAAGAGGAAUAUCAAAGCACAGGUGAAACGCUUUAGAAUGGAGACCAAAGCAGCCAAGACGCUGGGUAUAAUCGUGGGUGGAUUUGUGUUCUGCUGGCUGCCAUUCUUUAGCGUGUACGUGGUCCGGGCUUUUUGCGGCGAGUGCGUCACGCCCAUCGUUUUCUCUGUGCUGUUCUGGUUGGGAUACUGCAACUCUGCUAUCAAUCCGCUCAUUUACGCUCUGUUCUCUAAAGACUUCAGGUUCGCAUUCAAGCGUAUAAUAUGCAAGUGCUUCUGCGGCGGCGGCGGCGCGCGCCGGGAGUCCGACGGCGAGGGCUCCAGGCGCGCCGCGCGGCUCGCCGCGGCCCAGCACUCUCAUUCGCUGGAGGAACAUGACCAGCCCAUCAGCACCGCUAGCGAGAGGUGACGUCAAACCAUGCGGCGGCAAAAUCCUCAAUUUCAAACAACCGUCGCAUGUGUCUAGCGGUGUGCCCAGUGCACGUAACGUUAUAACGUUAAUCUUUAUAACUGAACGAUAUUAAACUCGUUGCGACGAAGUACUUCAAAAAAUUCUGUGUAAAUGUGACAUUGAAAUCGAGUAAAAUUCAAAUGAAAUGUAUGAAAAUUUAAAGACAAUUUAGUGAAUCAAAAAAUAUUAGUUUAAGUAAUAUCAGAACAAGAGCUGAUUUAUAGGUAAUAAUUAUAACGUGUAAAACUGUAAAUGAUUGUUCAUUAGUAUUUAUUUUAUUGUUGUCAAUUUAAUGUAUUAUAGUUUGGUUAAAUAUUUUAUAAUUAUAAUUAAUUAGAAAAUAAUUAUUCAGAUGUAUAAAAGUAAAGUUAGUUUUUAUCAUAAGUUAUACAAAAAGUUUAUGUAAUAACGACAUUCUGGUACAUGUUGUAAAUUUUAAAAUAAAUUUUAUUAUUUUAUUGAAAAGACUGUGUGAAUUAAAUUUGUUAUAUGCUUGAGUAUGUGUAUAAAUUUUACUAAUCGUUGUUUAAAAAAUAAAAUUAUAGAUUGUAAAAAAAAAACUCAGCAAUGUGUCAGCUUACCUCCGAUAUGCCUCUAACCUGAGAAUGCAUAAUGUCAAUAAUAGAGGGGAAUAAAUUACAAGCGUUUCUAAUAUAAGAAAAAUGUCAUCAAAAACCCAGUCUUUAUUUGUGUUUGUAGUUGAUAUUUUGUAUAGUUGUUUAAUGUAAUUACACAUAAAAUAAAAAAGAACGUAGAAAUAAAUUAUUUUUUACACUAGUAAAUUAUUACGUAAGUUUAACUUCCGUGAGCGACUUUUACUUGUCUUUGUAAGACUUAAUUUCUUCAUACAAAAUUUGAGUACUCAAAUCAAAUCAUUUAUUUCUAAGAAUAUUGUAUUACAAUCAGAUGGUCAUGAUAAUUGAGUAUACCUUACAUUCAGAUGUACAAUUAUUUGGAAUUCACUUCUUUAAAGUAAGUUUUGCGUGGUGGCCUAAUAGUCUUGUGUUGUUUUUAUCAUAAAUCAAUACAACCCAAUAUAAUAUAGCUUUUUUUACUCAAAUCGCAAAAAAAUAGAUCAUUAAAUUCUUAAAUCCUUCCUCCCGUCAUCGAUAUGUAAUAAUUAUGUUAAUUGUAAAAAAUAAUUAUUAUUAAAUUUAUCGCAGUGAUUAUUUCCUAUAACAGAAAGUGUGAUAUUAGACUAUUAUUUAACUGUCCGAAAACCGAAUUAACGGAAUCAGUAGAAGCGAAAAUCAUGAAAGAUUAGCAUUUCUUCAAGCACCAAUAAAACAUGUUUAAAGCAAUAAAAAAAACAGGAUCAAAGUAGUUAUAUUUAAGAAAUAGUCUUAAUUUGUUUUAAUACUAGGCUUCCAAAUUGUACACAGAUGUUCAAUGAAUACGUAAACUACUGUCCUCCUAAAUAAGUGGCUUUCAAGUUUUUCAAAGAAAACAUGUCAAAUCGAUUACGUGUAAUAAAAAAACAUGAUUUAUUAAAAAUAAAUAUUUUAUUUAACUAAUAUAACUAAAUUAAAAAAAUACAUAUAAAAUAUUUCUUUACACGAAAAUAUACGAGUUACAUAGAAUAAAUCUUAGCAAACCCAUUAUCUACAAAUACUCGAAAAAAAGCCACUUAUUAAGGCUGUAUUAUUUAUUGUAUAAUCCAUAGAGGGUGACGGUGGUGGUUGACAGUGCCUCUUUUUGUAAGUAUCUAAACUAAAAGUAAAGCUCUCUAAUAAGACUAAGCGAGUAUCUAUCUGUAACCUAAAUAUAUGAAUAAAAUAAAAUGACUAUAUUAUAAUUGAUUAUAAAUAAAUUUUAUACAGUAUCGUGAUUAUUAAAAAAACACUACACAAAACCAAUGAAAUUGAAUAUUUUUGAAAAACCUGCAUGAAAAAAAAAUUAAAAUGGUGCGAAUCGGAUUCGCGAACGAUAUUCCUUACCAUUUAUAAAAAUGGCAACAAUAAUCUUAUAUAUAUAUGUAUUGUAUGGAAGCCAACUUAAAUUAAUAUUUGUUUUAAUCUGUUUUAGUGUCCUGUUUGCUGUUAUAGCGGUAAAGAGGGUUACAACUCAAUAAUUUUAUUGCAUAUGUUUACAGUUAGAUGCUCACACUCACGGAAAAAUAAACACAGGUUUAUUAUUCCGUGCUCACAUUAGUAUUACGGGUAUCCCUAAAUUGUAAUUAGUCAAAGAAUAAUCAAAGAUCUCGACGUUCCUCAAUUUUAUUCAAGUGUGUACUCGGUGUUUUUAAAUUAUUAUCCGUUAGUGAAAUGUUAUACGUUUAUGUAUGGAUGAUAUAUUAUUAUGUACGUAUUGAUUACUAAUAUACGAGAUGUUACAUAA